UCGCGUAGGAUGAGACGCGCGCAAAGGGAAGUGAGAUUCUUUCUGAGGAGAGAGAAGGUGGUUUUCGGAGAUAGAGAAGCGGUUUCACGGGGGGAGAGAAAGAGAGAGGUGGUUUUGUAACGGCUGCAGAAGAGAGUAUUGGUGGUUUUCUCUUGCGUUACGAUUCAGAUCUCGCGAUCGUUACAUGCAGGAGAGAGAGAGAGGGAGAGAGAAACGUGGAGGUGGAAUCCGAGACUCGUGGCUUCUGCAAUUAAAUCGAAGUUAGGGCUCCUAAAUUGGAGUGUCUCGACCGUUUUGGCGAGUUUCGGAGAAUUUCAACAACUUCUGAUUCAGGAUCUUUCACUGGCUUUGACUUCGUUUUGCUUGGGAGCUCGAGCUGAUGGCGAAUCGUGGAGGUGCGUUUAUUCAGCCUGUGAGUUUUCCAGGUGGAGUUUUUGGCCAACCAGAUGACGGAGGUGGAGGAUAUUUAUACGAGGAGUUAUGGAAGUUGUGCGCGGGACCUCUAGUCGAUGUUCCUCGACCUGAAGAAAACGUAUACUACUUUCCCCAGGGGCACAUGGAACAACUUGAGGCGUCAACAAAUCAGGACUUAAAUAAGAUGAAACCGCUUCUCAAUCUUCCUUCGAAGAUUCUUUGCCGUGUUAUGAACGUGACUCUUCAGGCGGAGAAAGAAACGGACGAGGUUUAUGCCCAGAUUACUCUGAUACCAAUAGGAACCCAAGCUGAUGAGUCUACAUGUCGUGACCCAUGUCCUCCCGCACCCCAAAGGUCAACCAUUCACUCUUUCAGCAAGGUUUUGACAGCAUCUGAUACCAGCACACAUGGUGGGUUUUCUGUUCUCAGAAAGCACGCAACAGAAUGCCUUCCCCCAUUGGAUAUGACCCAGCCAACCCCGACCCAAGAAUUGGUUACUCGGGAUAUCCAUGGUCAGGAGUGGAAAUUCAAGCAUAUUUUCAGAGGUCAACCAAGAAGGCACCUUUUGACGACGGGGUGGAGCACCUUUGUCACAUCCAAAAGAUUAGUUGCUGGGGAUUCCUUUGUUUUCCUAAGAGGGGAAAACGGGGAGUUGCGUGUUGGAGUAAGAUGUGCUGCUCGCCAACAAAGCAGUAUGCCUUCUUCCGUGAUAUCGAGUCAGAGCAUGCAUCUGGGAGUGCUUGCAACUGCAAGUCAUGCCAUCCAUACCCAAACCAGGUUCACUGUGUACUAUAAGCCAAGGACGAGCCAGUUCAUCGUCAGCUUGAACAAAUAUGUAGAAGCCUUGAACAAUAAAUUUUCUGUUGGAAUGAGAUUUAAGAUGCGGUUUGAGGGAGAGGAUUCCCCAGAAAGAAGAUUUUCUGGCACAGUUGUUGGCGUUAACGACUGCUCCCCUCAUUGGAUAGACUCCAAAUGGCGAUGCCUAGAAGUUCAAUGGGAUGAACCUUCAUCAAUUUUAAGACCUGAUAGGGUUUCUCCUUGGGAGAUUGAGCCUUUUGUGCCUUCUUCGGCAAAUAUUGCUCAAUCAGUUGCGCCAAAAAACAAAAGGCCUCGGCAAGUUAACGAAGUAUCUAGUCUUGAUUUAGGCUCGCCAGCACCAAACCUUUGGAGUUCCACAUUAACACAAUCUCAAUCCCACGUGUUUGCCCAAUCGUGCAUCACCUCCCAGAUGAGUGGUUCACAACAUUGCUAUCGAGAUGCAACUGAGGAUACCAAGAGUGUUUCUGAUUGGCUAAUGAACCGUUAUUCAAUCCCGCCCAUGGCAAAGCUUAACAAUGAGCAAUUGGGUUUCCCAGUAGAGGAGAAGAAACCCGAGACAGUCACUAGUUACAAAUUAUUUGGAAUUGAUCUGAUGAGUAACUCCACUCCAGCGACUCCUGUGGAGAAAACAACUAAUGCCCUUCCAAUUAACAUAUCGAGCCCAACGGUUGAAGCUGGCUCGGAGCAAAAAUCUGAGGUUUCCAAAGACUCUAAAGAGAAAACGCAGGUGUCCCCAAAAGAGGUCCAAAGCAAGCAAAACAGUUCCAGCAGAAGCUGUAUCAAGGUUCAGAUGAAGGGAGUAGCAGUAGGAAGGGCGGUGGAUUUAACUGUGCUGGAAGGGUACUAUCAGCUGUUUGAUGAGCUGGAGAAACUCUUUGACAUCAGGGGAGAACUCCGGCCUCGGAAUCUCUGGGAAAUAGUUUACACUGACGAUGAAGGAGAUAUGAUGCUCGUCGGUGAUGAUCCGUGGACUGAGUUCUGCAAAAUGGCGAAGAGAAUAUUCAUAUGCUCGAAGGAGGACGUGAAGAAAAUGAAUACUGGCGACAAACUUCCCAUCUUAUCUGAUGGUGGUGAAGCAGCAUCGCUUCCGAGCUCAGAUAACAUGUGGAACUAGUUUCCCUCUCUGCAUGUCCUUCUGUGUAUGUAUGUCUUAGAUUUGUCUGUGUUCUGUUCUGUCUGUUAGGGUGGGUGGGUUAUAGAAAAGAUCAAGAAGAGAGAGAGAGAGAGAGAGAGAGAGAGAGAGAGAGAGAGAGAGGACACAUUGGUUUAAAUAGAGGAACCACACACGCAGAAAAUAAAAGAAGAGAGGGUGCUCGGAUUUUUUAGAGCACAGUAAGUAGAAGGCUGAAAGUGGGGUUUAGGGUUUACUUUGUGGGGUUUGAUAUGAUGUGAAUAUUUUGGGACUUUGGAAUUUGGAUCAUCACAUCCUCCUCCUUGCGUUUCUAGACACCGCUUUUUCAAGUGUUUGCCUGUGGCAAUGUCAAUAUAGUAAUGUCAAUUUGGUACCAGAA